UCAAUUUUAAGUUUAGUGCGGAAACCAUAUUUUAACGACAUGUAGCUUAGUGUUUAAUUUUUUUUUUAUUUAUUUAAUUGAAAAAGUUAUAUUAGAAAAAUGAACGUUGAAAAUAAUGUGUGUGGCGAUAAAUUAACAGAAGAAAGGUGUAUAAACCUCCAGUCAGCUUUAAGUGGUUUAUCUAGUGAGACAGGGAAUCCCGAAUUUUUAGAAAACAUUAAAACUUGUAUGGGUUUUAUGUCGACAUUUGAUAUUUCUGAAGUAGAACAACAGUUACUUCAAUGGGUUUUACCAGUUUUAAAAAAUACCCUACAAAAAGCGUUUGAUGACAAUUUUUUGUUAUCCGAUACAUGCGAAGAUGAUUUUGUUUUAAAAGAAUUAAGUGGGAAUUUAAAGCUAAUUUCACAAUUAUUAGAGAUAUUAAAAGAAAUAUUGGAGUUUAUUGUUAAGAACUCUGAAAUUCAUUUACAUAACGUCGAAAAUGUAGUUGUAGUAUCCGUUCAAGUUAUAUCGCUAACUUUUGAUCAUUAUAGGAAAAGUCCUGAAUCGUUUAAGGAACAUUUUAACCAAGAUUUACUAGAUAUUUUCGAUUUAAUCCAAAACGUACAUUCACUAUAUUUUCAAUUUUUGGAACAAUGCGAACUUCCAACUGAGGAGAAAGAUGUGGAAAUUUUAUUAGAUGUUCUGGAUAAUUUAGUCACAAUAAGCGAAAACUUAUUUUCUCUCAAUUUGAAAUCGUUGGUAAUAAAUUGGAAAGGAUAUGUGGGUGUAGCUAUAAAAUUUUCUAAUGUCCUGAAGGAUAGAGUGGAUUUGAAACGACCUACUUUGUAUAUAACUACUUUGAUUUGUGAUAGAUUAUUGUCUACAAAAAAUCCGUAUACCAUGCAACUGUCGAACACACAAAUAAUUCAGAUUUCGGGAUUUUUGGUGAAAGUUGCUUUGAAAUUGUUCGAAACUUUUUGGGAUAAUAGAAAUAAUUUUAUGAACGAUAUCAUGGAGUUUUGCUGCUCUGUUUAUAGUUUUAUUCCAAAAAAAUUUUCAACCACGGAAUUUCCCGUGGAGACCUCGAAAUUAAUAGAAGAUACGAUAUUCGUACACACGAAACCGUUCAUUCGGAUACUCCUCCUCGACGAUUUCCUACCGAAGGCUAUUGUCGAUAAAAAAUUUAUUUCGGGGAAAUAUUGUUUCGGAUUUUUGAAUAUAUUGAAUACUUGCGUCGAAAUUUUAAUAUCGGAUGAGAAUUGCGGAAAAAAUUAUUUGGAAACGUUAAUUCGAUCGAUAUUUCAGUGCAUCAACACUUGUUACGAAGAAUUUUUUUGGCCGAUAAACAUUUUCGACGAUUUGGUCAUAAAUAUUUCGGCUGCCGUUAUGAUUCACGAUGAUAGUUACGAAAUAAUAGAAAUCAUUUUGUUAGAAAAUAUCUUGCAAGAAGAAAUUAUAAAUUAUUUAUUAGCUACUGAAAUAUGGUGUCUUUUAUUGAGAAAUUCUAAACCUCAUUUUCGCGUCGAUGUUUUUACCAAUUUAAUAAAAAUAUAUUCCCAAUUAGAUUUCGGUAAAAACACUCAUCGAUUAGAAAACGUUUAUCUUUUGUCUUUUAUACGAAGGGCGUUUGAAAUUUUACCGGAUUAUUUAAAGUGUCAAAUAGUUCAAAGUGUUGAUAUUGGAAAAGAUGUUUGGAAACGUAUCGGUUUCAAAUAUUUUCCCAAACAAAUGGCGUCUAUUAUUGAAUGUGUGUAUUCGGAAACGUUGGAACUGAUUGAAAAAUUGAAUAAUGGCGAUUUUGGAUGCAAGGAAUUAGUUUUUUUGGUGGAAAAUUUUAAUAGUUUAUCGACGGUGAAUUACGAGGAAACGAAUAUACCACGCGCGAAUUUAUUAAAUGCGAUCGACAAUGUUUGGAAAUUAGAAUUCACCGAUACGACUAACAAUUUAUUCAAAUAUUUUAUCGUAUCGUUUUUUAAAAUAACGACCAAUUUUCUUUUGGAAUUCAACAACAAACAAUUAUAUUCGUUAUUGAACCACCUGACACAUCUUUCCACCAUCGACUAUCUCAAAUUGCACAUUUGUUUCAUGUUGAAACAUUUUUGCGAGUUAGACGAAAACAAAUUGGGUCAAGACGGUUGCGUCAUGUACAAAAUUUUUUCCAACGUUUUAUCCAAUAUUUUGCUCACUUCCGGUAACAUAAUCAAACAGGAAGUCUUGGAAAUUUUGGAAAUAUUGACGAAAAAGGGUAAAUUUGACGUGGUGAGAGACGUUUUGACCGCUUGUGCUAACGACAGACCCCUGCGAGAUACGAUAUCGGAUUUUCUGCGAAGAAAAAUCGAUAAACCGACGAAUUACGAAAAAUAUUUGAAAAAUCUCGCGGGAUCGAAGCAAAAACACGCUUGCGUCGAGUGGAAAACCCCAAACGUCGGCGGGAAGAAAAUAAAAUUGGAUAUCGUCGAUACCGAUCGGAAUGCGGCCAAUAGAACGAAAGGAAAAUUGAAUAGUUUUCGGUUUGCAUCUAAAAAACCCCCCGAGGAGGAAAAACCGAAAGAAAAAUCUACAAAAACCGAUGAUUUCGACGAUAAUAUCGAUGAGGUUAUAUCGAGGUUGAAGGGGGAAGUGAAAUGUCUAUUGAAGGUUUCAAAAACCGAUAAAUUGACUCCCAAAAACGCGUCCGAUUUGAAAAUACUCGCGAAUCAAUUGUUGUCGUUGCUAUAAGAUAUUUUUCUGUAUUUUUAAUAAAUUUUUUUCGAUAUUUUCA